GUAAUCACAAUGGCAGCAGCACAAACAAGUCCAGCAGCCACGCUCGUCGAUGUUUUGACAAAACCAUGGAGUCUGGAUCAGACUGAUUCUUACAUGUCUACAUUUGUACCAUUAUCCUAUAAAAUCAUGAUUGGUUAUCUCGUCACCAUCUACUUCGGGCAAAAAUUAAUGGCUCACAGAAAACCAUUCGAUCUCCAAAAUACACUUGCUCUCUGGAACUUCGGGUUUUCACUGUUCUCGGGAAUCGCCGCCUAUAAGCUUAUUCCAGAACUAUUCGGAGUUUUCAUGAAGGACGGGUUUGUCGCUUCCUACUGUCAAAACGAGAACUACUACACCGAUGCAUCAACUGGAUUCUGGGGCUGGGCCUUUGUGAUGUCGAAAGCUCCAGAACUAGGGGAUACUAUGUUCUUGGUCCUUCGUAAAAAACCAGUUAUCUUCAUGCACUGGUAUCAUCAUGCCCUCACAUUUGUCUACGCAGUAGUCACAUACUCUGAGCAUCAGGCAUGGGCUCGUUGGUCUUUGGCUCUCAACCUUGCCGUCCACACUGUUAUGUAUUUCUACUUCGCCGUUCGCGCCUUGAACAUCCAAACUCCACGCCCAGUGGCAAAGUUCAUCACUACUAUUCAAAUUGUCCAAUUUGUCAUCUCAUGCUACAUUUUUGGGCAUUUGGUAUUCAUUAAGUCUGCUGAUUCUGUUCCUGGUUGCGCUGUUAGCUGGAAUGUGCUAUCGAUCGGAGGACUCAUGUACAUCAGUUAUUUGUUCCUUUUUGCCAAGUUCUUCUACAAGGCCUACAUUCAAAAACGCUCACCAACCAAAACCAGCAAGCAGGAGUAGAUAAACAUUGUGAAAACUUCAAAAAUUUCUUGCAAAAUGAGAUUUUUCUCUUUGUCUCCGUCUUGUUUUUCUGACUCAUCAUUUUUUCAACUUUAGAUUAAUUCCACUCUUACGGGCAUGUCUUUGUUAAAUUUAUUUUUCAUUGUAACUUCUAAUAAUUGUCUUUUUCCAAAAAAAAGCCUUCAAUAAAAUUGAUAACCAUA